AGUUUGGACUUGAACAUCAGCCAUAAAUUCAGUUUAACGUAGAGAUCAGUUGCCGUAUGGUACAAUAGCUCUUGUGAUAACACCAUGACACAUGAGGCCCUUAGAAUACACAAAUGCUUCUUGAAUUUCGUGCGAUUUUGGAAAUUGUAGAAUAAAACUAGAAUUAAGUCAGAAAUCAUCACAAAAUCUGGUCCUACUAAACAAAGAUGGCACAAGAUAGCUCUACAAAAUUGCAGAAAUUUUUGGAUCAGAAUCAAUACACCAAAAACGGCAUCCUUCGAUAUGAAAAAAUCUUUGGUGAAGAUUUUGUCAGCACAGGUGGGAUUGAGACAACCAAGGAAUUUGUUAGUCGUUUAAAUCUGAAGGAAAAUCAGAGAGUAUUGGACAUUGGAUGUGGUAUUGGAGGAAGUGCAUUUUAUAUGGCAGAGAAAUUUGGUGCAAAUGUUGUUGGUAUUGAUCUUUCAACAAAUAUGGUGAACAUUGCUUUGGAAAGAGCUGCAAAGAAAGCAAAUAUCAAAGAUAAAGUGACUUUGCUUGUGAUGGAUGCUUUGAAAGCAUCAUUUGAAGCCAAUUCAUUUGAUGUUGUAUAUUCGCGAGACACCAUACUACAUAUUGAACAAAAAGAAGAGCUGUUUGGAUUAUGUCAUAAAUGGUUGAAACCUGGAGGCCAGCUGCUUAUUUCAGAUUACUGCUGUGGUACAAAUAUUGAAAAUGAAGAAUUUAUAAGCUAUGUGAAGCAAAGAAACUAUUUUUUAUUGGAUCCAUCUUCGUAUGGAAAGCUUCUUGAAAAAGUUGGUUUUGCUGAUGUUGAUGCGCAGGACAGAACUGAACAGUUUAUAAAUGUUUUGACAAAAGAGAAAGAGCGCACAGUGACAAACAAGGAUGAAUUAUUGAAGAUUUUCACACAUGAAGACUAUAAUGCCUUAAUAUCUGGAUGGACAAAGAAGCUAAAACGUUGCUCCAUUGGAUAUCAAAAGUGGGGUUUAUUUUAUGCCAAAAAAGGGGUUUAAACUCGUCACUGAAGACAGAAGUCAUAUUGAACGAUAUUGUAAUUUUUAAUUUUUGAAAAUUUUAUGAAUUUGUGAAAGGGGGUGAAAUAUAUUAAAUUUGAUAUUAGAAAUAUCUAAAUUGUCACUUGUGUUUACUUUUAGGAAUUUUGUGACAACAUGUUGCCAUGCUGUUGUGAAAAUUAAUCAAUGAGUUUGUGUCAUUACAAAUUAAUUGGCACAUUGAUUAUUUCAA